AUGAAGCCGACCGCUGCUGGCCUGCUACUGGCCGGAUUGGCCGUAGCCACUGCUUCGCCUACCACUACUUGCUCGACGAACUCGUCCACUCCCUCGGCUCCCAAGGGAAAAUGGUUCGACAGAUUUGUGGUCAUUGUGCUGGAGAACACCAACCGCGGUACCACUUUUGGUGACCCGUACUUCCUGAACUUGACCAACAUGGGCAUGUACCUCGACAACUACCAUGGCACAACCCACCCUUCCCAGCCCAACUACAUCACCAUGGUCACCAACAGCAUUGCCGCCGGUGUCUUCAAUGACGAUGAUCACAACACCACUGAGUACAGCAUCAUUGAUCUGAUGGAGCCCAAGGGUGUUACUUGGAAGGCCUACAUGGAGGGUUACUCGCCCCUGGCCAAUGGCGAAUGCAACCCGGUCAGCGAGAUCAAGGAGACCCUCUAUGUCCGCAAGCACAACCCCUUCAUGUCGUUCGACAACAUCCGCAACAACACCCGCCGUUGCCAGAACAUCGUCAACGCGGAGCAGCACUUUGCCAAGGAUGUUGCUCUUGGCGCCGGUGCUCCCAACUACAUGUACUACUCGCCCAACCUCGACAACGAUGCCCACAACACCAACAUCUCCUUCGCCGCCAAGGAUAUCCAGUACCUGGUCGACACCAUGCUCAACAACAAGGAGUUUAUGAAGGGCACCAUGAUUCUCAUCACUUUUGACGAGAACAUGAUUUACCUGAACACCAACUACGGCCAGCCCAACGCGAUCUACUCCCUCCUCCUGGGCAACGACACGAUCAAGUGCUACAGCUGCGUUGACCAGCAGUACUACAACCACUUUACCCAGCUCGUGACCCUGGAGAACAACUGGAACCUGGGCAACAUUCCCAACGGAGGCGGCUGGGACACGUUCUGGAGGCCCUUUGGCCAGCUCCGCUCCAAGACGGAUGACAUCUGCGCCUAUGCUCCUUGCAGCGAGUACCCCGAUGGCAAGAGCCCGCCGCCCGCGGACGCGGACUGGAACGACCAGAACUAUUAG